AAAAAUUGGAUGUGUCUUUGAGAAGAGAAUAAAGGGAAAAGAGAUCGCGUAUAGUGUUCGCUGGGUUUUUAUAAAAGAUGAGGCGGAAGUGUAUUGCGCGGCCUCGUGGCUUAUGUCACGUUGACGUCUUCGGUUAAUCCGUGCGCGGUGUAUGUCAGGCUGACGUUUCCUGGAUUAACCGUGUGCGGUGUGUACAACCGGAGGUCAGCUCCGAACAGUGGUAGGGCCACACCGUGGUCGCCACAGACUUAAUAGACCUGUUCGCACUUGGUUCUACCCCCAUGGAUGCUUUUUGUAGGCAUAUUUCAUCUGAGGAUUACUCUAAGACGGUUGAGCGGAGAUUUCAAGAGGUCUUCAACGGCAUGGGUCUGUGCACAAAGGCUAGUGUAAAACUGCAGCUGAAGGAAAACGUUCGUCCAGUAUUUUGCCCAAAGCGACCGGUAGCUUAUGCAGUAGAGGAGUUAGUCGACAAGGAACUCGAUCGACUAGAGCAGAUGAGCAUAAUAUCUCCAACGGAUUACUCUGAAUGGGCAGCACCUAUCGUCGUCGUCCGCAAGGCAAACGGCAGCAUUCGGCUUUGCGGGGACUACUCAACUGGACUAAAUGACGCGUUGCAGCAACAUGAGUAUCCUUUACCAUUACCUGAAGAUAUCUUCGCUAGACUAUCGCAAUGCAAAAUAUUUAGCAAAAUUGAUCUAUCCGAUGCUUUCUUACAGGUAGAAAUCGACCCUGCCUACCGAUCUUUACUCACCAUCAAUACGCAUCGAGGUUUAUUCACCUACAAUAGAUUGCCGCCUGGUAUUAAGAUUGCUCCAGCAGCGUUCCAGCAGCUUAUCGACACAAUGCUGGCUGGUGUAAAAGGAGUGUCAUGUUACAUGGACGACAUCAUUGUCGGAGGAGCCACUGAACAAGAGCAUGAAGCGAAUUUAAUGGCAGUUUUGAAAAGAAUUCAAGAGUAUGGAUUCAGCAUUCGAUCGGAAAAAUGCGCUUUUAAGGUUCAGCAACUAAGAUAUUUGGGUUACAUCAUCGACACCCACGGAUUGCGCCCCGAUCCAGCGAAGAUCGAUGUCAUAAAAAGGCUUCCUGAACCAACAGAUGUGAGCGGCGUCCGAUCCUUUCUAGGAGCCAUAAAUUAUUAUGCCAGAUUUGUCCCAAACAUGAGAGAGUUGCGAUAUCCACUGGAUAACUUAUUGAAAACAAAUGCACAGUUUCGAUGGACCGCCGAUUGUAAAAGAGCGUUUGAAAGAUUUAAAUCCCUGCUAUCAUCGAACUUGUUGUUAACGCAUUAUGAUCCAAGGCAUAAAAUAAUAGUAUCGGCAGAUGCAUCAUCAAUAGGUAUUGGUGCCACUAUUAGCCACAUGUUUCCCAAUGGUACCAUACGUGUGGUUCAACAUGCCUCUAGAGCACUUACAAAAACAGAAGAAGGAUAUAGUCAAAUAGAUCGUGAAGGACUGGCAAUCAUCUUCGCGGUAACGAAAUUCCACAAGAUGAUAUUUGGAAGGCGUUUCCAGCUUCAGACAGAUCAUCGUCCACUACUGCGGAUCUUUGGGUCGAAAAAAGGGAUCCCAGUCUACACUGCCAACCGCUUGCAGCGUUUUGCGCUCACGGUAUUGUCAUACGAUUUCGGCAUUGAAUAUGUACGCACCGAAUCAUUCGGAAAUGCCGAUGUACUCUCCAGGCUAAUUAACAAGCAUGAUAAACCGGAUGAGGAUUUUGUAAUCGCUUCUGUUGCACUAGAGAUGGAUGUAAAGUCUAUUGCAACAAGCGCUUUAGUUACGUUUCCCUUGAGUUUUAGAGAGGUCGCUCGAGAAACGAAUCGUGAUCCUAUAGCAAGGAAGUUGCAUUACUACAUAAAAAACGGUUGGCCACGUAACAUUGCCCUUGGCGCAGAUUCAUCUCGUUAUCACAGCAGGAAGGAAGACUAUUCAACGGUGGAAGGAUGUAUUUUGGUCGGAGAGAGAGUGUUAAUACCAGAGAAACUACGCAAGCAAUGUCUGUCCCAGCUUCAUCGAGGACAUCCUGGUAUCCAGCGCAUGAAGGCGAUUGCGCGUAGCUAUGUGUUUUGGCCGUCGUUAAAUGAAGACAUCAUUGAUCUCGUCAGUAAUUGCCAUUCAUGUGCUCUGGCAGCAAAAUCUCCUGCUCAUGCUGAUCCUUUGCCGUGGCCGAAGACAACAACGCCAUGGGAGCGUGUCCAUGUGGACUACGCGGGCCCAAUAGAUGGAGACUAUUUUUUGGUAGUAGUCGAUGCGCAUACUAAGUGGCCAGAGAUCAUCCGGACGGCUAGAAUCACAGCCCGUAUAACCGUUAGCAUCUUGAGAGGGUUGUUCGCGCGUUUCGGUAUGCCAACGACACUGGUGAGCGACAAUGGCACACAAUUCACCAGCGGUGAGUUUUCAGAGUUCUGUUUGAGUAAUGGUGUGCAUCACAUUACGUCUGCCCCGUUUCAUCCGCAAUCGAACGGGCAGGCAGAAAGAUUCGUAGAUACGUUUAAGCGCUCGUUAACCAAGAUAAGAGUAGGAGGAGCACCGCUGCAGGAAGCACUGGACCUAUUCCUACAGACAUAUCGAACCACGCCAAACCCUCAGUUAGAGCAAAACAAAACACCUGCUGAAGUUAUGUUUGGACGACCUAUACGAACGUGUUUUGAUUUACUCCGUCCCCCAAGGAAAAUUCAACAUGACUUUAGAGAAGGGAAUGAAAGAUCGUUCGAGCGUGAUGACCUUGUCUAUGCUAAGGCGUAUAGUAGGAACAAUUGGCAUUGGGUUCCAGGAAGAGUGAUUCGGAAACGUGGAAAUGUUACCUACGAGGUACUGACUGGUCAUCGCAGCGUCAUUAGACACAUUAAUCAACUGAAAAGGCGUGGACCAUUCAGCAGCCCGGGUCCCAUGACGGAACGUUUCAAUCCAUUACCGUUGGAUGUAUUAUUGGAUUCCUGGAGCAUACCCGUUACACCAUCAGUGCUCCCAGAUGUUUAUCCAACACAACUUGCACCGCCAGUGGCGACUCCAACUGAGCCGCCAUCUCUUCCCCCACAUCGAUCCAUUCCUCAGCAUCAACGUUCACCACGUCGCUCUUCUCGGUCUAGAAGAGCUCCACGUCGGUUCGAUCCGUACCUACGCUAUUAAAAAGGGGGAGAUGUUGUGGUCACGAAGUGGAAGGCUCCCUUUAUUCGGCGUUAAGAACGUAUGCAGCCACUGAGUGACUGAUGAGCGGUUAGCAGACGAGAGAGCGCCAGACGCUCGUGGGACACCGUCGGGAACACAAGGGCUGAUCGUGUAAUAAAGUAUUGUGUAUAGUUUAUUA